AACGCUCCCUUUCUUUCCAUCGUUUUCCUUUGGUCUCUCUGCAAAUUCAAGCAUGACAAACGUUAAUCCUCCUCAAAUCAUUAUUCUUUCUCUUGGCUUCAUUGCCAUCUUCUCCUUCCACUCUUCUCUCGCCUCUUCAACUCCCUGGGUUUACCUCUCCAAAGGCUCUUCUAUGUCAGUCGAAAAUUAUGCUUCCGACGUUCUUACAUCCCCUGACAAAACCUUCACUUGUGGGUUUUACCAGGUGGGCACAAACGCCUUCAGUUUCUCCAUUUGGUUCACCAAUUCUGCAGACAAGGCCGUCGUUUGGAUGGCUAAUCGAGACCGACCCGUCAAUGGACGCCACUCGAGAGUUCUGCUGCGUAGAGACGGCACCCUGGUCCUCACUGAUGCCGAUGGCUCAAUCGUCUGGUCCACCAACACCACAUUCGUUGGGGACAAAGCCCAGCUCCUGAACACCGGCAAUCUUGUGCUGAAGGACAGUUCCGGUAACAUAACCUGGCAAAGCUUUGAUUCUCCUACUGAUACGCUUCUCCCUUUACAACCUCUCAACAAGAAAACGAGGCUGAUAUCUUCCAAGGGUAAUGGUGCAUAUUCCUCGGGUUAUUAUAAUUUCUAUUUCGAUAACGACAACAUCUUGAAGUUGAUGUAUGAUGGACCUGAGAUUUCCAGUUUGUACUGGCCAAAUCCGGAGCUGAGUAUUUAUGGAAACAGUAGAACCAACUACAACAGCACCAGAUUUGCAGUGCUCGAUGAAGUAGGCAAGUUUUUAGGGAGCGACACUAUGGAAUUUUCUGCUACUGAUUUGGGUUCUGGGAUUAAAAGGAGAUUAACAAUGGAUUACGAUGGCAACCUUAGGCUUUACAGCUUAAACGAGUCGAACGGAUCCUGGAAAAUAUCAUGGGAAGCCAUGCAGCAACAGUGCAACGUGAGUAGGCUGUGUGGAAGAAACGGCAUCUGUGUCUACACGCCAAUGCCCAGGUGCUCAUGCCCACCUGGUUACGAGAAGACGAACCCAAACGACUGGAGCGAAGGUUGCAAGCCGAAGUUCAAUCAGACCUGCCACCAUCCUGAGGAGGUGAAAUUCGUGGAGCUUCCGCAUACAGAUUUCUAUGGGUUUGAUAUUAGAACUAAAACCGAAUUCAUACCCCUAGAAUCUUGCAGGAAUCUCUGCAUGCAGAUUUGCUCUUGUGUGGCCUUCACUUACAGGAUAUCAGGAGAACAAUACUGCUUCUUGAAAAGUGCACUCUAUAAUGGAUACACCUCUCCGGCCUUUCCGGCUACCAUAUAUUUGAAGCUGCCUAAAAAUUUAGAAACAUCACCAACAUCAGACCCCUCCUAUUCAGUUUGUGGAUCUGGAGAAACCGAAAUUUCGGUGGGUUCCUCUGGUAUCUUUCAUUCAGAAAGCAAGGCAAAAUGGGUUUAUCUCUAUUCAUUUGCUUUGUCAAUUGGUGCCAUAGAAGCCUUCCUUUUUGCUUCUGGUUGGUGCUGUCUUUUCAGGAGAGACAGAGAGCCAACGUCAACCGAGGACGGAUACCGUGUGAUGUUCAGUCAGUUUAGGAGAUUUACUUAUUCUGAGCUGAAAAAGGCAACCAAGAAGUUCAGAGAAGAGCUGGGUAGGGGUGGCUCCGGUGCUGUUUACAAGGGAGGCCUAGAGGACAAUAGAGUGGUGGCGGUGAAGAAACUAGGGGACGUAAUUCAGGUGGAAGAAGAGUUUCGGGCUGAAGUGAGCACAUUCGGAAGAAUUAACCACAUAAACCUAGUCAGAAUGUGGGGAUUUUGUUCAGAAAGGAAUCACAGACUCUUGGUCUAUGAGUACGUGGAGAAUGGGUCACUGGACAAGCAUUUGUUCUCCAAUGCCAACAGUAACCAGCUGCUGAAUUGGAAGGAAAGAUUUGGAAUUGCUCUGGGUACAGCCAAGGGUUUGGCUUACCUUCACCAUGAGUGUCUCGAGUGGGUCAUCCACUGUGAUGUGAAGCCAGAGAACAUACUCUUGGACAGCAAUCUCGUACCCAAGAUUGCAGAUUUUGGUUUGGCAAAGUUUUCUCCUGAGAGAGGUCGGACUGGUCCAGAGCUUUCUAGGAUUCGAGGAACGAAGGGGUAUAUGGCUCCUGAUUGGGCUUUAAACCUCCCAAUCACUGCAAAGGUUGAUGUUUAUAGUUAUGGGGUUGUGCUUCUGGAGAUUGUACAGGGAAUUCGGCUUUCCAAUUGGGUAGUGGUAGAUGGGGAAGAGAUUUCAGAGCUCACAAGAUUUCUGAGGAUGGUGAAGAAGAAGAUGGAGGAUGAGGAAGAAGAAUGGAUUGAGAAUAUUGUUGAUCCCAGAUUGAAUGGGCAGUUCAACAAGAAGCAAGCAGUCGUUAUGAUCAAGAUAGGCAUUUCCUGUGUGGAGGAGGAUAGAAGCAAGAGACUAACCAUGGAUAUGGUAGUAGAAUCUCUACUAGAAUGUGCAGAUGACCCAGAAUUCAACACAGCAAAUGUACCCUAGCAAACAUGCCGUGCAUAUGUUUGCAAAGAAUACAAGUAUAUAGACCAGACGUUGGAGAGUGGGUAGGAAAUCUGGGCUCGUAUUUACUACUAGGUUCCUCUAUUUCACCUGUAAUACUUUCACUUCUAUAGUGAAUUAGUUACAUAAAUAAUCUGUGCAAACUACUGCAGAUUCCAGCAAUAAGAGAACUAGAAAACUCUUCAGAGCAUUUAAAAAACC